GUUGGGCCCAUCUUAUAUGGAAUUUGUGAGCUCUGUAACUGCCUUAUUUGGGGUUUCAUGUGCUCUCUCUUUGCAUGUAUUUAUAUACCCAGGCAUAUGCCCCCUUCACCACCCCCAACUCCCAACUAAAUAAACUCUCUCUCUCUCUCUCUUACUGAAGCUUGACACAAUGAAGCAAAACAUCCAUUCUUUUACUCUUAUGUUCUUCCUUCUUUUCCUUAUUAUUACCAAUUCACAAGCAUUAGCCCGUUUCUUAGCAUCCGAGCAAGGAGAAGGGGGGCCAAAGCUGCAUGAAAUCACUACUUUGGGUUCACUUGUAGAGAUGGAAGAGAAUGAUUCUUUGAAUGAGCUGAAGGGGUUGGAGGAUUGUCACAAUGGAGAUGAAGAGUGUGUGAAGAGAAGGAUGGUUGCAGAGGCCCACUUGGAUUACAUCUACACUCAACAUCAUAAGCCCUAAAUGUCAAAAGACCCUCUUUCAAGUAGUUUAUAGCUCAAACCUGUUCUAAAGACCCAUCAGGCAUCAGGAGUUACUUCAAGGCAGUGGUUUUUUUUGUCCCUUUGAAAACUUCCACUAGUAUUGGGUUUGGGUUUCAGAGUUGUAUUUUGUUAUUAUAAAGAUAUAUUGUAACUGUUACAUUCAAGUAUUGAAGUAUGGUUAUGACUGUUUCCUCUAGCAUUUUGCUUUUGUGAUGAAUUAUUUUACAAAAUAGACCGCCUUCUUGGUAUUGGAAUGAA